AUGGUUGUUAUUGCUUCUUAUGUGUUUGGAAUGAUCCUCCUUCGUCCACAGAUCAAUGAGCACAUUCUCCAGCUGCGCCUCUGGAAAGAUGGUCAUUCUUCCACUGCUGCAAGGAAGAGAAAGUGGAUAGGGUCCUACCAAUCGUGUAUUGGUCCCGACAGGGCGCUUUUGGAUCCUAAGAACAAAAACACAGCGAUGAAAGGCUAUACCGUUGGAAUCAGUCAGGUUUGUGGUUUGAGCAAGAUCAUUACGAAUCACUCAGAGCUCCAGCUCGAUUAA